UCUCUCUCUCUCUCUGUCUCUCUCUCUCUCUAACUACCCAUUUCUCUCUCUAAAGUUGCCUCUGAUAUUUUCCUGAUCCAACGAUCAAAAACGAACCAAAACCUCAUCUUUGUCUUUCCCGUCAGACCCAUCACUCUGUUCUUCUUCAAUGGCGCAACGAUCACACGUACCAGCUUUUGGAAAUUGGGAAAACGAAGGGAAUGUUCCAUACACAGUGUUCUUCGACAAGGCCAGAAAGGGCAGAGGCGGCGGACCAAUCAGAAACCCAAACGAUCCUGAGGAAUAUCCAGAGAUGUUCGCCGACAACUCCCAUGAAGCUCCUCCGGUUAAACCCACCAUUCCGGCACCAAAACCCACCACCCACGAGAAGAAACAGAGCCGCGAAGACGACGGCUUUCACCCCUACGCCAACUCCCCUGGCCACCGUGAAAAUCCCAGCCGAAAACAGAGUGGCUCAGAGUAUAGCAUCGACCGCUCUCCUCUCCACCGCCACGCAAAGCCAUCGGGAAGAGAGAGCCCUGUGGUGGAGGGCAAGGGCUUCGACGGCGGCCAUGGCAACCGUGGGAAGACCAGAAUGAAGCCGGAUGCUCCGGAAGGGACGGCGGUGCCGAAGUUUGGAUCGUGGGAUGUGAACAAUCCGGCGUCGGCCGACGGUUUCACCCACAUUUUUGGUAAAGUCAGGGAGGAGAAGAUGGGGCCGGGAACCCCGCCGCCGCCGCAUUCUUCUUCGCCGUACAACAACGUUCAUAACCGAAGACCCGACGACAGCGCCAAGGGAGGGUGCUUCCCAUGUCUAAGAAGAAAAUAAGUUUCUUGGCGUUGUUCUUAUUAUCCUCUAUUUUAAUUAUUAUUAUUCAAUUUAUUUUGGAAGAAAUACUUAUUUACUUCUAAAAUUACUUUUUGUUAAAAAAAAAAAAUCGUGUAAUUCUCUUUAUGUCUUGCCAUAGUUACAGUCCCGGGUAAUUUUCUUAUUUGGAAGCAAUAUAAAUAUGCUUUUAGGAUAAACCGAAAGCAUUCUAAAGCGACUUACGAGAAUGUACGAAGAGUUGUUUGCUUCUCGAUUUGUGACGAAGUAAAAUUUUAUGGUUCAUUUGUAAA